UGCUACCGAGGAACAAGGGAAAAAACUCUUAACAUUACUAAGACCACCCGCAUCGGGGGUUUAUGAGAGAGUCAUGGGCUCGGUAUCAUAGGCCUUUUCGAUUAAAAGAAAUGAAUAAAUGGGUUUCAACCCGUGAACCGGGUCUUCCAAGUGAGCCCGUAUGAUACGGGGUCAUGCCACGCGGCGCAGAGGGAGUGGCUACGCGAUCGCGCGGGUUGAGUGCGAAAAAAUGGGUUUCGCGUGAAAGAUCCCAUUUUCCCUUCUCUCUUCGAAAUCUAGGGUUUCUCCGUCUGUGAGGCAAUUUCGUGUCGGAGUCCAGAGCCGGAGAUUUUCUCGAUCAAUUCGUCGUCGGAGUCACUCGUAAACGCUCUCAGGUGAGUCUCAAUCACUCCGAGGACGAGAUAGCUUCGAUUUGAUCUCGAGAGGUUUCUAGGUUAAGGAAGUCGAUUUGGGGGUUUCGUCUUAGGGUGGGAAAUCGAGAAGGGGGUUUCGAUUUCUUGGUCAAAAUCGACAUACGGUUUCCUUUUAGGGUUCGUUUAUCAUGGAUUUCAUUUCGAUUUGGGGGUUUCGUGUAAGGGUUCGAAAUGUAAAAGGGGGUUUUAAUUUAGGACAUGAAUAUAACCGGACUUGGCUCUUUUAGAAUUGUUUUCAUGCAUGAUAGGAUUAGACCUUUGAACCGAAUUUUUGACAUAGCAAUAUAGAUAGCAUCAAUGGUUACUAGUCGAUUAACAGCUUCAGUAUGCUUUCUUGAAUGGAAAAACAAACCACAUUUUUGAUUUCUAUAGUUCUGUGGUCUCGUGUGGUCUAUAGUAGUUUGAUGCCAUUUUUUUAAAUUGGAACUCGAUUAAUACAUGUAAUUGGAACUCGAUUGUUGCAGAUGGAAACUCCCCGAGAACCUCAUUUCUUCAAGCCUCUUCUUCCUGGUUUUCAAAGUGGCGUCGCAAUACCACUUGACUUCUACUCAAAACACAUACAAGGGGCUGAGAUCAAUAAACCAUGGAAGCUAAGAUCGGACGCUUCGGAUCAAAUUUGGGAGGUGAUCCGAGAAGGCAGGACACUCACCAAAGGUUGGAAAGAGUUCACCGAAGCACAUGAUCUUCGAAUCGGUGACAUUGUCAUCUUCAAACACAAAGGAGACAUGGUCUUUCAUGUGACUCCUUUUGGUCCUAGCUGUUGUGAGAUUCAGUAUACACAUCCUCACAUCGUUAAGGAAGAAGCCGACGCGGAUGAUGCUCCUACUUUCUCAUACGACUACUGCUUCUUGGCUGAGGUUACUCCUACAAAUCAAAAGGACGACAAAAUGUUUCUUCCUGUGGAAGCUAUGAGGUGUGGUGCUUUGAACCAACAAUGCAAAGAGGUCAAACUUGUCAACAAGGAGGGAAAGUCAUGGACUGCGCGCUUCGGAUUUAGCGAAUCAGACGGCGCAUAUUACAUCAGCAGAGGGUGGAAAAAGUUCUGUCGUGAUAACAGAUGCACCAACGGAGAUUUGUUUGUGUUCAACGUGGUUGGAGACGGGACGACAACUCCAUUACUGUGUGUAUGUCCGGAAAGGAAGGAGUGUACUGAACUACUGAUCAAGCACUUCAGCAGAAUCGAUGGUAGCAUUGCUUCUACCUCACGAAAUUAGAUGGCUCUUUUGCGGUCUUUCCUCUCUAUCAUCUUAACUUGUUUCUUUUUGUUUCAUUAGCAACUUAUCAACUUAUGUAUUUCGGUUUGUAAAACUUGAAUGGUUUUUCUAUGUGUACUUUUAUCCUAAGUUAAACAUUCUCGAACUUAAUUCCUUUGUUGAAUUCGUAGACUGAUCAUCGAACAAAAUGUUUCUAUGAAUUGAAUUUAAGUUAAGAAACAACAUAAAAUUUUAAAACAUAGCUUUUCUACAUUUGAAAACACAAACCAAAAUAU